UUCCGUCCCAGAGCUUCCAGUUCGUGGCGAGGGGAAGUUUAAGAGAAUUGUUUUUUUAGUUUAUCAUCUUUUUUAACCUCCUUCGCUUCCUUACAAUCACAUCGGCGGCGUCGUCGUCGUCGUGAGUUACCGCAGUCGCCGCUGCUGUUUCGCAAUCGCCUGCCACGUAAGACGCGUUCGCGGUGGAUGUGCCAAGUUCGACUCGUCUCCACGUCGCCUGCAGUCAGGCGUCGCCAGGCCCGAGCUAACGCCGCUUGUCGGCGCCGCGGUCGUCGGGACGCCCGUGGCAGCGCGCGAGGAUGCACGAUGCCGAGGGCGGCGGCGCUUACGACUUCCUCUUCAAGGUCAUCCUCAUCGGAGACCCCGACGUGGGCAAGACGUGCAUCGUGCAGCGGUUCAAGUCCGGGAUCUUCCUGGAGAAGCAGCGGAACACCAUCGGCGUCGACUUCGCCAUGAAGACCGUCGACAUGCAGGGCAAAAGGAUCAAGCUUCAGAUCUGGGACACGGCCGGGCAGGAGCGCUUCAAGACGAUCACGCAGAGCUACUACCGCAGCGCCAACGGCGCGGUGCUGGCCUACGACAUCACCAGCCGGCCCUCCUUCCUCUCCGUGCCGCGAUGGAUCGACGACAUCAACCGCUACGCCGGACACAACCUCGUGCAACUGCUCAUCGGCAACAAGCUGGACAUGGCCGAGGGGCGCCAGGUGUCGUGGGAGGAGGGUCAGGAGCUGGCGCGGCGGCACGGCAUGCUGGCCGCGCUCGAGACCUCCGCCAAGGAGGCGGACAACGUGGACGAGGUGUUCCUGCGCCUGGCCGCCGAGCUGCUGGCUCGCAACGGCGGCCCCUCCGUGUCGGACUCGCGGCACGGCUCCAUCAAGCUGGACUCGCGCGCCGUCGGCGCCGGCUGGGGCUGCGGAUGCUGAGGAGCGUGCGUGCGCUAGUGGGUGUGGGUGCGCGCGUGAGUGGGUGCGGGUGCGUGUGCGUGUGUGCACGCGUUCUUGCGUGUCUACAUGCGUGUGGGGAGCGGUAGCGUAGCAGCGGUUAGAGCGCUGCGCUCCCAACUCGCCGAUUCUCGCUCACGGCCGACACCGGAGACGAUUAUCUGAACUGGUCCUGGGCCUCCCCUGGGUCAACUCAGCCCUAAAAUUUGUACCUGGUGCGAGGUGUAAACAUCGCCACUCGGGAGACAAAGGCGGUGAGUCGUGGUGCUGGCCACCCACACCCUCGUGUGCUGUGCCACUAGCAGCACUUUCCGCAACAGUCUGUUCACGGCUAUCUGGGGGAUCGCUGUCUUUUGUGCCUGCGUUACUUUUUGUAAGUGGAGGAGUUCCCGUACGUGGGCUGAGUGUCGAUGGCCAGUUCCCGUUUUGCAGCAGAGGCCUUGCACCGAAUCAGCCAAGCGGCAUUAUCUUUUCAUCAGCUGCGUAACACUGCGGUGUGGUAGCUUCCUGGCUUGUCGCUCCAUACGAAACUCCGGGCCUCAUCAGCCACCGUCAUGCCCUCCAUUCUCUUUGCUUGCGAGGCGUGAACCCCUUCUAAAGGAACAUCUGCACCGGUUAGAAACAUUCAGGCUGGCCUGUCUACAAUCCAUCCUGGGUGUAACCAGACUGGAUUGUGUGAGGAGCUCACAGAACCUUGAAAGAUCUGGACACAGUCCCCAUCACCGGUGAGCUCUUCCAGCAGGCGAGGCUGUCUUGGCUGUCUUGGCUGGGUCAUGUAGCCAGCAUGCCCAGCCACAGCAUGCCCAAGCAGCUUCUGUUAGGUCGGAUAGAGGGGGGCUAAACCGGUACGGCAUGGGCUGGAGAAGAGGUGGACUGAUGUGUGAGUGAGUGAGUGGAGUGGCUGAGAGAAGAGGUGGGCUGGUGUGGUACAGCAAGACACGGGACCGGGAUUUAAACUCAGGAUAUGGGCAGCGCUGGCGUGGCGUCCCCCGACGCGGCGUUGCCAAUCCCCCGCGUUAACCAGCAGCCGCCUCUUGUCUGCGGCGGAGUUUUUUGUCGUGGGUCUGAGCCACUUUCUUGCAAGCUUGAUCUUGGGAUCAAUCCUGGACCAUGACAUGGCAGGGUAUAUUUGUUAAUUGUUCAUUUGAGGGACCUUAUUUUAUAGUGGGUGCGUGAUAAGGGGUGCGUGCGGUUUGUCGAUUUUGUUUAUUUUAUGGACGUUAAUCACUUUAUAUAUGUACACGUUCCAGUUUCACUGUGGGAGUCAGCGGCAUGUCCUGGAAACUCCCGAGCAGUGCGUGGAGUCGCCAGAUCUCCCCGAAGCACGGCUGCCUCGCUUGGAGCCACUGUGAUGCACGUACGAGAGUACGGGCCCCCUACGUUUGUCCACUGCUGGAUGAGGUUCCUGCCUACACCGUGCGGUCCGCGGCUGAUGUUUGACCAUUCUGCGCCACUCUGGUCUGUGCGGGCUGGUACGGGAGAGCAGUGAAGACAACGGCGUCCGCUCCGUAGCGCAAUGGCGGCCGUGUCGGCACGCGGGUCGCCCAUCCGGGCCGCUGUUCAGGCUAACACCUGCUUAGCUUCUGAGUUCUGGCUGGGUCAGGGUUCACUGCGGUUGAUCUUAUCGGAGGCGAAGGUCCCGUGGCCGACGUUCCCGUGAACUUCACACAUUGGUUCCGCCACCCGUGUUGAGGACUCGGUCCCUGUCAGACUCUGACCGAUUCAUCUCAUCCCACGCUGGCAUCAACCACGAUACCGCUGGCUUCAGCAACACACUCUCGGUCACUCACCCACUCACUCGCCCAAUCACCCACUCACCCAAUCACUCUCUUACCCACUCGCCUAUUGACUAAUUCGCCCACUUUCUAACCCACUUACUCACACACUCAGUCACUCGCCCAAUUUUUCAUUCGCCCACUCACUCGCCCAGUCACCGAUUCAUGCACUCUCACCCACCCACUCACCCGAUGACUAAAUCCCCCCAUUUACCCACUCGCUCACUCAAUCAAUAACGUAUUCACCCGUGUAUUGUGCUGGUUAUUUGACUAAAUGCGGGUUGGUAAAGGCGGAUAGCGGGAGCAUAGAAGUAGAGUACAGCAGUGUAAUUUGAUACAACUGCCCUCUGCUACCCAACACGUAGCUCGGUGGGCAGCUGAGGGGUCUCGGUCACAUGUCCAUCGACGCGAGGCCACCGCCCUCGUCUGUCAUCCAACAUUUCCGUAGACUAACGCGUCAUCCUAAUUGAUGACAAACUCAACACGUGCAUCGAUGGCACUGCGUGUGGCCUUUAAACUAAAUAAUAAUAUAUAGGAGGCGACGUUUAGGCCAACGGUCCUUCUGCAUUGCACUAACACGUUUCGUCUGUUACGAAACAUUCAUCGUCACUUUAACCGACUACCGUUCAUCCCUUACAACAACCCCCAUAUCUUCUCCCCCAGCCCAUCAUCGUCCUGAUACUACUACACCCUGCCUCACCUCCCAGCUGGGAUCAAGCCUACCCCAACCCCAAUCACUACCUCCAUCACUACUCCAACCCCCAUCACUAUCCCCAUCAAUACCCCUAUCACUACCCCAACCCCCAUCGCUACCUCAACCCCCAUCACUUCCCCCAUCACUACCCCAACCCCAAUCACUACCCCAACCCCAAUCACUACCCCUAUCACUACCCCAACCCCCAUCACUACCCCAACCCCAAUCACUACCCCAACCCCAAACACUACCCCUAUCACUACCCCAACCCCC